AUGUCGGACAACGGCGAGGUCGAAGUCGAGAACCCUGUCUCUGGUUACGCCGUUCUUCCCAAGGAAGUCACCAACGAGAUUGGUAGCAUCAAGCUCUUCAACAAAUGGAGUUAUGAAGAUGUGGAAGUCCGCGAUAUCUCUUUGACCGAUUACAUUCAAAUAAGAUCCCCUGUCUAUAUCUCCCACUCCGCCGGUCGAUAUGCCGCAAAGCGAUUCCGAAAGGCUCAAUGCCCUAUCAUUGAGCGACUCACCAACUCCCUCAUGAUGAACGGCCGAAACAACGGAAAGAAGUUAAUGGCUAUUCGCAUCGUUGCUCAUUCUUUUGAGAUUAUUCACAUCAUGACCGACCAGAACCCCAUUCAAAUCGCCGUCGAUGCCAUCGUCAACUGCGGCCCUCGAGAAGAUAGCACUCGAAUUGGAAGCGCUGGUACCGUCCGAAGACAAGCCGUCGAUGUUUCUCCUCUCCGCCGUGUCAACCAAGCCAUCGCCCUCCUCACCAUCGGUGCACGUGAAGCCGCAUUCCGAAAUGUGAAGAGCAUUGCUGAAUGCCUUGCUGAAGAGCUGAUCAACGCUGCCAAGGGAAGCAGCAACUCCUAUGCCAUCAAGAAGAAGGACGAACUGGAGCGCGUCGCAAAGAGCAAUCGGUAA